AUGUCGGAUAGCAUAGAGAAAGCGAAGAAGGAAAUCCAGGAUUCGGAAAAAGAGUUGAUCUCUAAGACCAUCAAUGUGCAAAAUCGUCGAUACUACCUUGAUGUGAAAGAGAAUGCUCAAGGUCGUUUCAUCAAAAUUACUGAAAGCUCAGUGAGUGGUCAAAAGGCUCGUGUCUUCAUGUCUGCUACUGCAGCCAAGGAGUUUGUUGACAAAUUGGACCAGGCUCAACUGGUUCUCUCCUCGCUGCCGGAACAUGAUCCAAAGAAUUUGGCCCCUGAGGGUCUCCUGAAGUCUUUCACAAUUGUCAAGGAUAGUCGCAGAUAUUUCUUGGAUGUAAAAGAAAACGAAAGAAUGCGAUUUCUCCGAGUUUCUAUGCUUUCAAACGGUUCUCGAGCUAAUGUUAUCAUUCCUUGUGAAGGAAUAAAGAGCAUUCAAGAAACUGUUAAGGGAAUGCUCAAAGAGUUUUUCAGUGAUAUUGAACUAACUUCCACGCCAGAAAAAAGUAAAGUCUUGCAGUCUGGCAACAUGAUAAUCUACUUUGAUCUGGGAUCCAAUCGCAAUGGAGUCUUCUUGAGAAUCUCUGAGUUGAGUGGAAGUAUGAGGAAUUCGAUUGUCAUUCGAGAACAGGACUUCACUCGAUUUAGUGAAAUUUUUAAUGAAGUGAUUGAAAGUAGAUCCGCAAGUGAGGACAAAUCCUCGAAUUCAGUUGCGACCGAAAGUGAAAAGAACGAAGAGUCGGAACCCAGCGGAACUGCGGAUGCUGAAGACAAGUAA